AUGGCCAAGAUCUCGCGUGGUGCCCCUGGUGGCAAGGUCAAGAUGACCCUGGGUCUCCCAGUCGGUGCCAUCAUGAACUGCGCGGACAACUCCGGCGCGCGGAAUCUCUACAUCAUCUCCGUCAAGGGUAUCGGUGCCCGCCUCAACAGGCUGCCCGCUGGCGGUGUCGGCGACAUGGUGAUGGCCACAGUCAAGAAGGGCAAGCCUGAACUCCGGAAGAAGGUCCACCCCGCCGUCAUCGUCCGCCAGGCCAAGCCCUGGAAGCGCUUCGACGGUGUCUUCCUCUACUUCGAGGACAACGCUGGUGUGAUUGUCAACCCCAAGGGCGAGAUGAAGGGCUCUGCCAUCACCGGCCCCGUCGGCAAGGAGGCUGCCGAGCUCUGGCCCCGUAUUGCCAGCAACUCCGGUGUUGUGAUGUAA